AUGUUUGGGACGGCAGUGGCUAAACCAACGACCGGGUUAUUCGGAGCAACUCCAACGUCUUCUGCAGCUACACCAGCCACUGGAUCUUCGUUGUUUGGUCAACCAGCUGCUCCAAAACCAGCCGAGAACUCACUGGGGAUUGGAACUUCUAGCCGGACUAAAAUCAGCCCUUUGGAUGCUGAAGUACCUCAACAAUUGUCUUCGGCUAUCGACCUGAUAAAGUAAGUCUUAUUCUUAUGUAUUUAUCCUUUUAGGAAUACCAUCAAGGCUAACAACGAUAAGAUAAAUGAGUUCAACUCCACUUUUGAUGUUGAUUACGAUGUUAAAGUGGAGAACACAAAGAAUCUGGUCCACCAUGCUUCACGAAGGUUGCACACUAACUCUAACGAAAUAGAAAGUGAGUAGCUUUAAGAUUACGCAUAGCUUAUUAUGCUCAUUGUUUCGAUAGGGCAUAAAGUAACUGUACAUUAUUCUGUUUUACAUGUUAUUAUUGUUGUAAUUGUAAAUUGUUUUAGGGCUUAUGCGGAGGUCGAAUAAAAUAUUGUCAAAUAUGAAGGUAUUGAGUAGAAUCAACGAAGAAAACCGUAGUAAUCCCACAACCGGCUUCCAAUCGUUGAUGGAUUAUAUGGAGCAGAAUGCUGGAGAUCUGAAGGAAGAGAUUGAAGAAGAGUUGGGAAGGAUUGUAGGUCUAGAAGCACCUUUAAAGGAAUACCUGAACGUCAAAGAAGGCGUGACUGUUGCUCAAGGUAUUUCGAAGAAAGACUUGUUCGACCAUAUUCACAGGUCCGUGGCCAUUACGGACGACGUGCUUCUGAGGACGUCAAAUGUUCAUGAACAAGUUGAGAGGACGAAAAAACAGUAUGUGGAGAACAUGCGUCGUCUACAAGGAAGAUAUGUUCCAUCUCCGUUUAUUGGAGACGAGUCAGAAGAUGUGGAACAGUUUGAUUACGACCCCAAGAAGAGAAUGAAGGGUACUUUACAUUAACUAAAGACUUAACUAUAAAUAAUACUUUAUGAUUUUACUAUUUAAUUUUACUUUAUUUUAGGAGCCAAUAUCUUCCCAAGUUCAGCGACCUUAUUGUCUCUAGCUGAAGGUCUUCCCAAAGCUGGAGUGCAACCUCAAGCUACCUCAACUUUGGGUGGAUUCGGGAGUACUGCUCCUAGUGGAGGACUAUUCGGCGCGAAACCUUCUACUGGGCUUGGCGCUUUUGGUGCUCCAUCAACUGGUACUACCUCAUUGUUUGGAAAACCAGCUGGUACCACUCCAUUUGGUGCUACUUCUACGUAAGUUUGAAGAUUAUAGUUUUUGAUUUGGUAAACUUGUUCAGAAAAACAGGAAAAUUAUUAAUUUGGUUUUCAGCGCCACUUCAACUACGGGUAGUUUGUUUGGAGCCAAACCAGCUGGUACUACUCCGUUUGGAGCCACUGCUACUUCAACGUAGGUUUAAUUUGUUGCAUUAUUUCAUGUUAUAUUGUUUCUUAUGCAAAAUAGAAUUGCUUAUAACUUACAUUAUAGUGCCACAUCGACCGGCGGUUUGUUUGGAGCAAAACCAGCAUUUGGCACCACUUCAACCGCAUCAACUAAUUCAGGCUUGUCUAUCACUGCUGGGACUUCUGGUACCACUAGUCUUUUUGGAUCUACUACACCAGCAGCUUCGACUACCACAACUCCUUCUCUUUUCGGCUCUACACUCAACAGCCAGAGCUCAGGGACAUUGUUCGGAGGCACUGCCAAUAAACCACUGUUUGGGGAUGCGCCAAGUGCAAAGAAACCCAAUUAA